GCCAUGGGACAGCUUACUUAGCUGUAUCCUGCACAUUCAAGGCUCUAUAUUCAGCGAUACAUUAGUAUAAACUAUGUAUAAACUAUAAUGACACAAACAAUCUUGUCUCUUAUUUUUACUGAAAAUAACAAUCUCACAGAAGCACAAGUGUUUCUGUGUGACGUUGCCGGGGCACCAUGGAAACAGCUCGUAUCUUGUCACAGCUCCAGAACUACAGCGACACGACUGAUGCCGAGGAGCUCAACGGAGGACGCUCUCUGCUAGCUGGGGUAGCUGCUGUUAUCGACCAUAGCCAGCUAGUCGUGUUCAGUUUGACCUAGCUAACUAGCGAGCUAGGUUAGGUUAGUGACUGUUGGCAAGCUUGUUAGCUAGCUAACGUUAAUUGCUAGCUAUAAUAGCAAGCUAAUGUUUUUUGCUUGGAAGACGUUGUCAAGUGUUUGUCCGCAGAACAAAGUCUCAGAGGAUGCUCGAAUCAAUAAACGUCACUGAAAGGCUCCAUUGGCCAGAGAUGGAGCAGUCUAAGAAGUUCCUCCUUAGCUCGAUGGUGCCGGUAGAGAUGGAGAUCUCUAAGAAGUACUCGAGCCCCAGGGUGCCAGACAAGCGGCCUGUGAGCCCCACUCAGGUGUGCCUGGAGAAGCUGUCCUCCAGCAUCCUCAAGGACCUCUUCACCACGGGAACCAGCAGCUACAAUGUACUCCUGCAGGCCGAGGAGGAGGAGAGACAGAGCCCCAAGCACUCCCCGUACCGCAGGCCCAAGAAGACUGUGAGAUGUGCCUCUACAACCUGCAGGUCACACGACAGCCACCGCCAUCCGUCUGUAACUCCUCUGUUACUGUUGGGCCAGCAGGGCAGCGGAGACACCAGGCUCUCCUCCCACCACCAUGUCUUCUCCUCCGCCUCAGGGGGCUUCCCCAGCGGGCCCAAGCCAGCCCACAGCAUCAAGGUCCUGGGUAGCACCACGUGCCUGUCCCCCAGCCCUGUCUCCCGGCCCCGGAAAACAUGCUUCACCAGCUCACCCCGUACCAAGCUGCCCUCUCUGCCCAGAGGAGGGGUGAUACGGGAAGGGGAGAACGCCGGGGUCAAGAAGCUCUGCAUCCUCACUGCCAUCAAGCCGUCCAACGUGGAGAAGGAGAAGGUGAAGUUCUUCAAGUCGGACUUCAGCUACAAUCCUCAGUUUGAGUACAGCAACCCUGUGUCUCCGCUGGUGCUGGCUCGCCACAACAACGCCUCCGACCGCUUUCUGACACAGGCGGUGCGUAUCAUGGAGUUGGCCCUCCAGAAGUAUGGGAACUAUGAGAAGUUUGAGCAGGCCACAGGGGGAAACUUGCUCACCAAGGGCCGGAUCUGGUACCUGGUCAAGAAGUACAUGGAAAAGGAGGGCUGUAUUGGGGAGAUAGUGGUCAAUGUGACAGACGACCUCCUCUCCAGAGCGUCCAUGACGGUGGUGAACAGCCGGCCUACUCUGACCAUCAACAUUGCCACAGCCCGGGAACACUGGCUGGAGGGCAUGCUACGACAUGAGAUCAGCACACACUACUUCCGGGGCAUCAACAACGCCCAGCAGCCGUGGAGCAGCGGAGUCGGAAGGAAAAAGCACAACCUCCGACCUUUGAACCCUACUGAGGAGGGGCUGGCCAGCAUCCACUCUGUCCUGUUCCGUAAGGACCCUACCCUGUGGAGGGCUGCCUUGCUCUACUACACUGUGUACCAGGCCAGCCGCAUGUCCUUCUCUCAGCUGUUCCACAGCCUGGGACGCUUCGUCCAGGAACCCAACACACGCUGGGACUACUGUGUACGAGCCAAGAGGGGGCAGAGCGACACCGCACAGCCUGGCUGUUUCAGGAAGGACCAGGUGUACCUGGACGGCAUCCUGAAGAUCCUAAGACACAGAGAGAGGAUUAACUUCCAGCUGCUCAUGUCCCUGGGGAAGGUGUCGUACGAGGACGUGGAUCGUCUGAAAGGCCUGGCGCUGAUGGAGCAUGUGAGGAUACCUCACUUUUUGCAGGACAUGGCGUGCUACGCUGAACAGCUGGAGAAGAUCAUGGAGGUCAACCAGCUGACUGACGAGGAGCUCAGGGUGCUCAUCUGAGACAUAGAGGAGUAGAGGGCCUGCCCACUCAGUUACUCCAACACAUAGCUUGUACAGGUUAACAGCAACCUGACCAAGAUCCAUUUGGGAUUGAAACGUUAUGUAUAUAACAAAGGCUUAGAGGUUGUUAUGAGGUAUGUGUUGAAGUAAGUGAAUGUGCGGGUCCUUCUGGCCCGGGUACCCUAUGAGAAGUGAUGAUACGCUCCUCAUCUGAGCAUGCCCAGAAAGAGGUGACCCCCGACCCUCCAGCACACCUUACCUCCACCAAGCUAAUGAGCUACCGGAACCUCAUUAAAGUCAGUGGCAUCAUUCACAGUGACAUUCCUGCAUCUCACCACCAGUACCAUCCCCAACAGGCAAAAUUGCAUGUGAUGUCAUGAUGAUGUCAUUUCCUGGUUGUAAACUGGCUUUCCACCACAUAUGGUAGCUGUGUGACGUGGCAUGACUUGUGCAGUGUACUGUAUUGUAUGUGGGGUUUCUCUCUCCAUUUCUAUAUGCACCCCAAAGCCAAGUGUAAUUGCAUUUUCAAUCUCCUGUUCAAAAGACUAAGGGGUUCCUAUACUAAUGUUUCUAAACAGAGUUUUACCGUACUGGUUGGUUGCUGUUGUUAUAGUUGAUGUUCAGGUAAUGACCCAUGAACCAGAGAGUGUGUGUGUUUGUCAGGGUCGGGCUGCAGUGAGAGACAUACAGAAGAGAGACGGCUAUGGUAUCAUAAAAGCACAACAUUGACUCAUGAUGUGACCAGGUCACAGUGGAGAAAGGCAUGUGGAAGAGGCAAAACUAAUGAAGCACAAGACGGCAGCAUAGUGCUGAGAUAGUAGGAUUGGGACAGCAUAGAAAUGCAUUGCGAUUCAUAUGUAUUUGUGCCCUGUUGACAUAUCCUGCAAGAGGUUACCUUGGCGCAGCAAUCCCUCCAAAACAACCACUUUCUUACGAUUUGCACUUUUUUCUCCAGCGUUGAACUGCUUUAUUUCUGGCAGUUUCCUUAGAGAUAACCUUAUAACCUUACACUGAUGAACUCUCCCUCCUGCAUUUUAAAACAAACCAAUAGGCCUAGUGUUUUUAAAGGCAGGCUGUAACUAAUAUUGUACUGUAAUGUUUUUCUCCUUUGUGUCAAACAUGAUUGACAGGUUGUUGAUUUUCUGGCUUUUGGUACGUGUUUUGAGAACUGAACACUGUGAUAUUUGAUAAAUAUUGUUCAAUUGACACUUUCAACUAGCCUGGUCUUAGAUCAGUUUGUGCUCUCUUGCCAAUAGUUAUUUACAAUGACCAUAGGAGUUGGCAGGAUAGCACAAACUGAUCUGGGACCAGGAUAACUUUGACCUGAUGUAGGUAGCAUGUUUGCUGCCGCUACUUCACCACAAAUGGCCCUGGGUAUGAUCUAACUGUAUGAUGAGCACUAGUGUUUAUAAGUGACAUUGCACUGUGUAUUGUAUUGUACUGUAACUGUACUGUAUUUGAAUGCCUCCUGAUGGUCACUGAAGCCCUGGGAAUCCCUAAUAAAGUGGAUUUAUCACCUUGGA